AUGUCAACGACAGUAACAGAAACCGCUCCGGAGAGCUACAAGCUCGAGCUGAUGUCCGCAUAUGGUCCCGUCUACCGCGACGUCCUACGCACGCCGCCCCGGGAUUGCGACGCCUCCGAGGUUCCCGUCAUCGAUCUCUCCAAUAUCCGCGGUAAUGAAGCGGACCGCAAAGCCCUAGCCGCAAUAAUUCGUGAUGCAGCAGAGAACACGGGCUUCUUCUACAUCAAAAACCAUGGUAUCCCCGAGGCCACUAUUAAUGCCGCGUUCAAGCAGGCGCGGGCCUUCUUCUCCCAGCCCAACGAGAAAAAGGCGCUUGCCUCGCAGAAGCAAUCUAAAUUCUUCAACGGCUGGAGUGAAAAGCGCGCGGCGCAGAUCUCGCCCACGGAAACCAAGGACCAUCGCGAGGGGUUCAGCUUCCGGUAUGAUCCGCGCAACGACCCCGAACCCAAAGACCCGGAAGCGAUCCCUGAGGAUGUGAAGCCGUGGAUGAAGCAUGAGGAUUUUGUGUGGGAGGGCACAAAACACUUGCCGCAAUUCAAGGACGACAUGGUCACGUAUUGGCAGAGCUGCCUCACCCUCGCGCGGAGCAUGAUCAGAAUCUUCGCGCUGGCUCUUGACGUGCCAGAGAACUACUUUGACGACGUCAUCACGUACCCCGGCAGCGACAGCGUCUGCAACUUUUACCCGCGGAACACGGAGCCGCAGGACGCAACCAUCGACGUCGGCCUCGGCGCCCAUACUGACCUGCAGUGCUUUACGCUCUUAUGGCAGGACGCCGUCGGCGGUCUGCAGGUACUCACCAAAGGUGGCCAGUGGAUCAAGGUGCCCCCCGUGCCCGGUACCUUUGUCAUCAACAUUGGGGAUUUCCUGCAGAGGUUGUCGAACGACCGGUUCAAGUCGACCGUGCACCGCGUGUAUAACCACGCGCCGGAGGAUCGCUACUCGAUGCCGUUCUUUUUUGGGUUUAAUCACAAUGAGCAGUGCGCGGUUCUGUCCACUUGUACGGAUGAGGCGAAUCCACCCAAGUACGAGCCUAUCAGCUGCGGAGAGGUAUGGUGUCGUUUGCGGUUUGAGAGGACUUUUGAAUUCACCAGGCGGAAAAAUGAGGCGGAGGGUAUUCAGAAUGCGGCGCCGUACUAA